AAGUGUUCAUACACGUUGCAAGUGUAGGCCUAUUCCUUUCAAUAAUAAAGCUAUUUUCAGACGACAAUGCACAGGAUAAAAUAGGGUGAUGCGCGAUACCGAUCAAGUUGCAAUGUCAUAUACAUGGUUUCACCAGAAUCAAAAGCGAAACUAAACUGAUAGGCUACUCGCUACCGCACCUACAGUGAAUAGAUAGUGUUGUUCGUCAUUUGAAGUUGUUCGGGCAGGAUGGCAGAAGCCUACGCAUUUGCCCUGCUUGUUGAGUUGGAGAGGAAUCCCAAUAUUCCCAAACUGAAAAACAAGUUGGUAAAAUAUUUCCAAAGUAAAAAGUCUAACGGUGGUGAUUGUCUUGUGGAAUACGAAAAUGGACAAGAAGCAGUAGUGCGGUUCAAAACUGAGGAGGUCAGGCAUAGAGUUCUUGAGAAGCAGGAGCACGAGAUCAGGUUGGAUCGAGGGGUGCUGAAACUGACCAUUGGUCUGCCAUCAGAUGAUGUCCCAAAGAAUGUAAAGGAAACACAGUCUCCUGUCACCUCAGAUGCUACUGACUCAAAAGACUUACCAACGAGUGGGGUUGGAGAUGGACACACUUCCCUUACUGAGCCACAGACAGAGAUGGAGAUUGAACCGAUGGAAGUCGAGGAAAAGUUGGUGUCCACCUCAGCCGUGUUGGGGAACAUUGAGGAGAGCAUGAACAAGGAGUUCCUGGAGAUGCUGAUAGAGAACAUCCUGAGUGCGUAUAACACCUCUGGUUCUGACUCUCCUACUGCAACUCAAACCUUCAGUCUGGAGAUCCUGACACCUGUCCUAGACACCGGCUUGGCUGUGGUGACUUUCCAAAAUGGAAAAGAGACUGAGAACUUCAUCACCAGCUGUACCAGCAACAGGAUGUUCAGACAGAAACAACUAUCUGUUAAACUCCUGGAACUCACCACAAAAGUGAAAGUUGAAAACAUAAAUCCAAAUGUUAGUUCAGACCACCUCCAACUGUUAUUUGGAAAAGGGGGUGAGGAGGUGGAAGACGCUGAAAUGAAUGAAGAGGACCAAUCAGCAAUCCUCACCUUUCAAGAUCCUAAAGCUGUUCACAGAGUCCUAGAGAAACCACAUUACAUCGAGAAGCAGCCUCUCAAGGCUUUCCCCUUCUAUGAUUCUCUGGGAACAGCCUUGUACGGCAAAGACAGACCCACAUUGAAACUCCCUUCUGCCUUCACCGAAAACAUCAACCAGGCAAUUUGGAGAUACCUCUGUGACAACCAGGAAGCUGCAGAGACCAUCCACAAGGAAAUGAGCAAACACUUCUGCAAUGUAGACUUCCAACAACCUACCAUCAAGUUAAGCCCACUGCCAUCUCUACUCAAACAGAAGGGUGUGAAACCCAAGCACUUACAACAAUGGAAGGACACCACCAAAGUUGCCUUAAUCCAAGCCUUGUCUAACUUUAAAUCAUUGGAGCUCCAGGUUCAGGACACUGCAUGGGAAGAGUCUGAAGGGGAGAUCCUCAAGGCAGUGUCUGGGGAGGCCGUGAUGGUAGUCCAUGAGGAGACCAGAGGUGUUCUGGCAGUGGUAGGAUUGGUAGAAGAUGUGGACCGGCUCAGGCAGACACUGGAUGGGAUCAUGGACAGGAUUUAUAGAAGAAUCAAGAGGGAGAAGAUGAGCAUAACAGAGGAGUUCCCUCUGGUUCCAUCAAUCUACCAGGUACUGUUGCAUGGCGGCCUGCUGGACAAGAUUGUUGGUGAAUUCCCAGAGUUGAAGCUGACGUAUAAUCAAGAGAGCCAGAGUGUGACCAUCUAUGGGUUGAUGCAAGAGGUGUUGUGUGCUAACAGAAAGCUUGCAGGUGAAGUAGUAGCCCUGAAACAAAAGCUGGUGGAAUUGGAUGACUACGUCCUUGAGUUCCUACAGGAAGAAAACCAGGAAAAGGUAACCAGUUCCCUUCUGACCUUACAGCGCAUCAAUGCAGCACUAAAAAUAGAGAGAAAAGGAGUGCAGAUUCUGGCUGUCUCUGAGGAGGCCCUGUGCGAAGCAGAACAUCAACUGCAUACGCUUUUGAUUUCUCAAUACAUAGAUGUAGAAGACUCCGAUCUCCUGAGGAUGUCCGAGUGGAAGGAUAUUGCCAAACGUUUGGAGGAAGCUUCAAACACUCCUUUCAGGAAAGUUAUGGUUCAGACUGGUGACUAUUCAGGACAACAAGUGGUAGUGUCUGGCUACAAGGAAACUGUUCUCUUAGUUUGUAAUGAAUUGAAUGAUUUCUUACACCAAAAUGCUCAUGUUGAUGAAACUAUCGAAGUUAAGCCUGAGGCUAUUGUUAAAUUCAUCCAGGAACAACACAGGGAUGCUUGGUCUGAUAAAGUCAGAGAUAGUGGAGUUAAAGUUUCUUUCAAGGAUGAGGCUAUUUACCUGAGUGGCACCAGAGUUCACGUAACAGAUUGCAAGGCAUUAUUCGAAAACUUGUUAUCCUCCACAUUCUUUGACGCCUUGAGAAUCUCCAAGCCUGGAGCAAAAAAGUUCUUCCAGGACAAUGAGCCCAUGUAUGUUGACACAGUCAUGAAUCAGACAGGCUGUGUGGUCCAGCUGAUUGAAGAAGAGUAUGAUGGCAAUGGCGGACAAGGCAUAAAGCUAGCAGGAGGAGGAAUGAAACCUACCUACCAGCUUCAAACACCAGAUGGGGUGGAGAUAGCCGUUUGCAAAGCAGACAUGUGCAAAUAUUCUGUACACGCUGUUGUCAAUGCCGCUGCACUGGACCUGAAGCACAGUGGAGGUCUUGCAGGAGCUCUUCUGGAUACUGCUGGCCCUCAACUGCAGGAUGAGUGCAACCAGAUCAUCAAGAACAAGGGUCAGCUCAAGCCAGGGGACUGUGUCAUCACUGGUGCAGGAGGGAAGCUCCGCUGCAAGCACAUCAUUCAUGCAGUGGGACCCAGGUUUGACCAGGCAAACCCCCAGAAGGCCAUAGGACAGUUGAGGAGGGCGGUGAAAGGGAGUCUGGAUCUAGCAGAGACCCACAACUGCCUGUAUGUGGCGCUUCCUGCUAUUAGCUCCGGGAAUCUAGGCUUUCCUCUGACCCUGUGUGCAGACACCAUCGUCAAAGCUGUUAAAGAACACUGUGAUGACAAGUUUGGGGAGAACACUCUGAAAAAGAUCCAUCUGGUGAACAAUGAUGACAAGACAGUCCAGGCUAUGGAGGCAGCAGUGCAGAAGGUGUUUGGGAGCCAUGGGACUAGUCAUCCACGAGAGAAUCGACCCACCAUAGCUACACACAGCCAGCCUGGUAAUCGGGUUCAACGCACAAGUGGUUCAAGUGUGCAGACAAAAGAGGGGCUGGCUAUUACCCUGACGAAAGGGAAUAUCCAAGAUGCUGUGACAGAAGUUGUGGUCAAUACCGUGGGUGAUGAUCUAGCACUUAACCAUGGUGCAGUCUCCAAGGCCAUCCUCGCCGCUGCUGGCCCCCAACUUCAGACUCUGGUAAACCAACAGGGCACAGCCGGAAGGCCUGGGGAAGUCAUUGUCACCACUGGCUGCAACCUGAAGAGCAAGCAGGUGUUUCAUACCAUCGCCCCUCACUGGGACAAUGGACAAGGAGCACCACAGAAGAUAUUGAGUGGGAUCAUGAAAAAGUGCUUGGGUGAGGCAGAGCAUCAGGGACUCAUCUCGAUCACCUUCCCUGCCAUCGGCACGGGAAACCUGGGCUUCCCCAAAGACCUGGUGGCCUCUCUGAUGCUGGAUGAAGUCCUCAAGUUUAGCAGUAAGAGGAACCCCAAGCACCUGAAGGAGGUUGUCUUCAUCCUCCACCCAGGUGAUGCACCGACGAUCCAGGCAUUCACUGAUGAAUUUAACAAAAGGUUCACAACCCAGUCGGGAAUGUCAAGGGGCUCAGCAGCAUCCAGUCAACAGAGUAAAGGCCCUUUCUCUAAAAUCACUUCAAGCUCAGGGAUGCACGAGACGAAGAUGGGAGGGGUGCUUAUACAGGUAAUCACAGGGGACAUCACCAAGGAGACCACUGAUGUCAUCGUCAACUCCUCCAAUAACACCUUCAAUCUCCAGUCAGGGGUAUCUAAGGCCAUUCUGGAUGUGGCUGGUCAGACUGUGGUAGCUGAAUGCCAACAACUCGGAGCCCAGCCUAACAAUGGAGUGAUACUUACCCAGCCGGGCAACAUGCAGUGUAAGAAGAUCAUCCACCUGGUUGGUCAGACGGACCCAAAGAAGAUCCAGGAGUUGGUCAAAGGAGCACUGCAAAUGUGUGCACAGAAUAACCUCACAUCCAUCUCCUUCCCUGCUCUCGGCACAGGUCAGGGCAAUGUACAGGCGGGCCAGGUGGCUGACGCAAUGUUGGAUGCUGUUGUGGAGGUGGUGGGUCAGAAGUCCCAAAACACACUGCAGCUGGUCAGGAUGGUCAUCUUCCAGCCUGCCAUGCUCACAGAGUUCCACAAAUCCAUGGUGAAGAAAGAGGGCAGAGAUGUUGACACUCAAAAGAAGGGGAGCAUGUGGGGAAAAAUUAAAUCAUUUUUAACCUGGAGUAAAGCUGACAUGCCACGAAAGGACGAGGAUUUUGUCAUCGAGGGCCAGCAAGUAGAUCCAGCUUUCUUCCAUAUCUGCGGUGGCUCUCAGGCCAGAGUGGACCAUGCCAAGCGUUGGAUCAAGGACCUGAUCCUGAAGGAGCAAGUCAGCAACAGCAUCACCGAUGACGCCAUCUUCAACUUGUCUGACUCUGACCGUAAGUGCAUCCACGACAUGCAGACCACCAUGGGAGUGAGUGUGAGGAUAGAAUACAAUUCUUCCAGGGAGGAAGCUAUGCUCACGAUCGAGGGCCUUAGCAAGGAUGUCCUCAAUGCAGUCAACGAGAUCCAGGAGAUGCUGAGGAAGGCCAGGGACAAAGAGACCUUCAACAGGAACGUGGAAGUGGCCAGCAACAUGGUGGAGUGGCAGUAUCAGCAGCAGCCAGGGGGGCAGUACCAGAGCUUUGACCCCAUCCCCAACUUCCAUCUGGAGCAGGCGCUGGGGAGGAAGUUGCCCCACGUAGAGGUCUCUUUCCAGAGGCAGAUGUACAAGGUCACCCUUCCUGACGGGCCUGCUACAGAUACCCAUGGCAACAGCCUCAAAAUUAGACGCAUCGACAAGUCUGCAGCUCAACCCAUUGACAGUCUCCCUCAACAUUGGGAUGCUAUGCCAGCAAACACUUCAUGCCAUUCCUGCCUCAUUCAGCCAGGAAGCCCAGAGCACAAUGAAGUCUUAAACUUGUUCCGAGCCACCUGUCCCAACAUCGUUUUAAAGAUUGAGAGGAUCCAGAACCCAAGCCUGUGGAGGAACCUCCAGAUCAAGAAGGAUGAAAUGGAGCUCCGGAACGGUCAUAAGAAUAACGAGAAGAGGCUCUUCCAUGGAAUGUGCCACACAACCAUCAAUCACAUCAACCACCAUGGCUUCAAUCGGAGCUAUGCUGGGAAAAAUGCUGCAUUGUAUGGAAAUGGCACAUAUUUUGCCGUUUCUGCCAGAUAUUCUGCCAGUAACACAUACUCAAGACCAGAUCCACAAGGACAGAAGUAUAUUUUUCUCUGCCGAGUUCUGACUGGAGAUUUCACAACAGGACGACAGGGGAUGAUAGUGCCUCCAGCUAAAAACACAACAUCUGCUCAACUCUACGACAGCGUGACAGACAACCUAUCAGGGCCAUCCAUGUUCGUUGUAUUCAACGACAUUCAGGCAUAUCCUGAGUACUUGAUCACUUUCCGCUAAACCACAGAGAUAAAAGCAAUGCAAUGAACACUCGUUCUUUUUAUCUGCUGUGUAAAGUUUUUAUAAAUUGCUUUAUAAAUUGUCAUUUAUAAUGUUUCUUGAAAAACUGAAAAUGAUUGUUACUUUUGCAUGAAAAAGUGUAACUGUUACAUGUUGGUUGUAUAAGUUUGCUGAAGGACUGUAAUUUUAUAAUCCACAAUUGAUAUGUCCUUUUUUUUUUUUUUUACAAUCUCAAUGGCCACUGUGCUUUGUACAGGUUGUACUUAGGGGUUGGGGGACUUCCUGUGAAUGUACAUCCUUGUUCACUGUCUCAUUGGAAGAACAACUGAAAAAAGACAAAGUACUAUGCAUGGCUUGUUUUGGAUUGUAGUUCAGUGUUGCCAAGUUGAUUGUAAACAAUGGUCAAUGUCAGAUAAGCACAUACAUUUAUAUGACGUGAGUUAAUGGAUAGAGAAUAAGGCUCUACGAAAGUCCCUGACGUGUGCUGAGAAAUCAUGUGACACCAAGUGAUAGCAAGUGGAUGUGUGUGUUUAUGAAAUGGCCUUUCAAUCAGUUUGCUUGUGCGGAGGAAAGUAAAAAUAAUGAAUAUAUUUUCCAGCUAUCAGAUUGACAAAUGUGUGUGUGUGUGUGUGUGUAUGUAUAUAUAUAUACACACUGCACAGAAAUGUAAACGCUACACGUAAAGUGUUUCAUGAGCUGAAAUAAAACAAAAUCUGACAUUUCC